AUGUCCGAGAAGCCUACGAGUCAAACAGCCUCGAGCAAUGCCUAUGCCGGUUACCCUCAGACGCGAAUGCCCUACACUGGGCUUGGCUACCAACAGUACAAUGGAGGCAUGAACAUGACCAAUUCCAACCCCCUUGCCAGCAUGCAGAACCUCAACGCCACCUUGCCAUCCUCUGGAUCCGCGGACAAUGACAUGAAUGCUGUCAAUCGCCAAGGGUACAAUAGCCCAAUGAUGGUCUUGCCAUCGGGUCAGACUGUGCCGCUCACCAACUGCUAUGCUCAGACCCAGUCGUCGUUUGGAGAUACCACUUCACAAAUGCCUUAUGUCCCCACUGGCAUGUUCCCAAACUUCAUUGGCAAUACCAGCAUGGCUCCCAGCACCCUUGCAGGCUAUGGAUGGCCUUAUGGAAUGGCCCCCAACCUUGCCGGAUUUGACCCAGCUCGUCGAGGCUCUUGGUCUCCUGAAGACAAUGCUGCCAACAACCAAGCUGCUGCGCUUCAAGCUCAAUCGGACUACUACAACAUCCCCGUCCCAUACAUGGCCACUGGUGCUUCAGCCAGCCAGCACUAUAUUGCCGGCCCCAUCCAACCCAUGAAGUGUCAAGACAACAAGUCAUAUGAAAUGGUGAACCUUGACGAGCUUGUCAAUCGAGAUCCGCCCAUCCCUCGCGCUGUGCCCGCUCUCUGGACAAACCAAGAAGAGCUCAGCCUGGCCAAAUGCCUCCAGAAUCCUGAAGGCAUCACCAACGUCUACAUCCGCGGCUUCAUGCCUGAGACCACUGAUGAAGACCUUCAUCGCUGGGCUUCUCGAUUUGGUGAGAUUGAGUCAUGCAAGGCCAUCAUUGAGCAAGACACAGGCAAAUGCAAAGGCUUUGGCUUCGUCAUGUACUACUCUCCUGCUGCCGCUGAGAACUGUAUCCGUGGUUUCUUUCAUCUUGGUUUUCAGGCCAGCUAUGCCCAGAAGUCCCGCAACUCUCGACUGAAGGAUCUUGAAGAUAGAAACUCCACUAACAUCUACUGCACCGGAGUUCCGAUUGAAUGGAAUGAAUCGGACUUAGCCAAACAUUUUGCUCCAUACGUUGCCGUCUCCACCAAGAUUUGCCGUGAUGCUCCAUCCGGUGUCAGCAAGGAAGUCGGCUUUGCCAGGUUCGAGUCCCGUGAGGUCGCCGAGCGUGUUAUCAGAGAGUUCCACUCUGUCCUCAACGAGCGUGACAACGUCAAGUUGUUCCUCCGUUUCGCCGACACCAAGGCUCAGAAGCAACUCAAGCAGCAGAGCCAGGAGCGUCGCACCUGGCGAAGCCGCGAGUACAGCUUCUCUGUCGAACACACUCCCUCACCAACUUUGUCUCGAUUGCAGAACAUGAACAAUCACAUCAGUCCGAAUGGCAGUUACCAGUCACCUGCUGGUGGCUUCACUCCAGCGACGUCAGUCUCUCCGCCUGAGUUGCAAGGUGUCACCAAUAACAACAAGCCUGUCAAUCUGCCCAUUCGCAGCUCCUCUACUGCGUGGCCGAUGCAAGGCGGGCUGCAGUCAAUCACCAAUACCACCACAGUUCGAACCAAUGGUGCAGAUGCUGUUGCCACUCGUCCCUAUAUUGAGGUGCGACCCAAAGCUACUGCUACCGUUGCAAUUGUUCCGGACCACGGUGACGCCAACAAGAGCACGAAGACCCCGAGUCCCAAGAAGGUCACCAUCAAGGUUGAGCCAGCCAGUGGCAAGGAGAACUACAUCACUGCCACUCCUCAGUCCAGCAAAUAA